UCUGGCUCAUUGUUCUGUCUGUGACGUCGUUCUGGGAAAGGAGGUAGUUCGGAGUUACGCUAGCUUGUUGUUGUUGUUAGUAUCGUCGGUAGUCAACAUUUCAAAGUCCCGUUCCAAACCUUCCAUGUCUGAACCCAAGUCCCCAGGUUCUGGCUGUGGUUUUCCAGCCCAGAGAACCUUAAAGCAGGGUCCAGAGAUGGUCUCAGUGAAGCUGGAGGACUGCAGUCAACCACUGGAACUCAAUGUGAUUGUUAAAGAGGAGCCAGAAGUCCUAGAGGAAGAGAGGGCAGUCAAAGAGGAGGUGGAGGAGAGAGCUGUCAUUGAGGAAGUGCAGGAGAGAGCUGUCAAAGAGGAGGAGGCGGAGGAGGAGAGAGCAGUCAAAGAGGAGGAGGCGGCGGAGGAGGAGAGAGCAGUCAAAGAGGAGGAGGAGGAGAGACCUGUCAAAGAGGAGGAGAACAGGGAUGUGUCUGCUCCAGAUCUAGAGGAAGAGGAGGAAGUAGAUAGUAUCACUGACCCAGGAGAGGGUUCAGACAGUGAGCCCAGUUCCACAGCAUCAGGAAACCAUAAACAACACAGACAGAGGAACUCAAGACAGAAACAUCACCACUGCAUGGACUGCUUCACUAGUUUCUAUGAGCCAGAGGAGUUAAGAAGACACACUUGUAGGCCCCGACCCUGUUCAAAUUGCAGAGGCAGUUUUAUUUGUCCAACUCACCUCAUACCACACAAAAAGACCCUCAAAAGGAAGAAAACAUACCCGUGUGGUCAAUGUGGGAAGAGAUUUCAGACACCAAGCAGCUUGAAGACGCACCAGCUUACUCACACAGGAAAGAAGUUGUACCACUGCUCCCAAUGUAGGAAGACUUUUAGCUGUUCGUUCAAUUUGAAGAGGCAUCAGAGAAUACAUACAGGAGAGAAGCCUUUCCACUGCUUCCAAUGUGGGAAGAGCUUCCGUAUGGAAGGACAGCUAAACGAACACAAGAGAAUACACACAGGAGAGAAGCCGUACCACUGCUUUCAGUGUGGGAAGAGCUUUGGACGGGCAGGAGCUCUAAAGGCACACCAGCUAAUUCACACAGGAGAGAAGCCAUACCACUGCUCUCAGUGUGGGAAGAGCUUCAGUCAGGCAGGACACCUGAAGACACACCAUCGAACUCACUCGGGAGAGAAGCCGUACCACUGCUCUGUUUGUGGGAUGAGUUUUCCUCUUUUACAGACCUUAAAUAGACACCAGCUUACUCACACAAGAAAGAUGCCUUAUCACUGCUCCCAGUGUGAGAAGAGCUUCAGUCAAACAGGAAGCCUGAGGGCACACCAGUUAACUCACACAGUAGAAAAGCCUUACCACUGCCUUCAAUGUGGAAAGAGUUUCAGUCAUUCAUCAAAUGUGACAGCCCACCAGUUAACUCACACAGGAGAGAAGAAUUACCACUGCACUCAGUGUGGCAAGAGCUUCAGUCUGGCAAGAUACCUGAAGAAACAUUGUCAAACUCACACAGGAGAGAAGCCUUACCACUGCCCUCAAUGUGGGAAGAGUUUCCGUCAGUCAUCACAUCUGAGGGCACACAAGUUAACUCACACAGGAGAGAAGCCCUGUACCACUUCUGUCAGUGUGGGAAGAUCUUCAGGCAGACAGCAGACUUAAAGAGACACCAGCUAAACGUGGACAAGUUUUUAGCUCGAUCUACAGGCUCCCGAUCAGAUCCCGGCCCAUUUUUUCCAAAUCGGAGUAAAUCCGAAGUAAAACCUAGCGCAGCAGCCCCGUAAUGUUAAUACCUACCUGAUUCAACUCUCGCUUUCUCCACUCUACAUUCUGUAGGGGCUGCCGCGGUAGGUUUCUCCACUCUACCGGCUGUGGGGGCUGCCGCGGUAGGUUUCUUCACUCUACCGGCUGUGGGGGCUGCCACGGUAGGUUUCUCCACUCUACAGGCUGUGGGGGCUGCCGCGGUAGGUUUCUCCACUCUACAGGCUGUGGGGGCUGCCGCGGUAGGUUUCUCCACUCUACCGGCUGUGGGGGCUGCCACGGUAGGUUUCUCCACUCUACAGGCUGUGGGGGCUGCCGCGGUAGCUUUCUCCACUCUACCGGCUGUGGGGGCUGCCGCAGUAGCUUUCUCCACUCUACAUUCUGUGGGGGCUGCCACGGUAGGUUUCUCCACUCUACAUUCUGUGGGGGCUGCCACGGUAGGUUUCUCCACUCUACAGGCUGUGGGGGCUGCCGCGGUAGCUUUCUCCACUCUACAGGCUCUUACGACAUCACAAUAAUUUAACAUGUUGAAUGUAUUGGGCCUCAAGUCAGCCGUCAUCAUAACAAUGGCACCAAAAAAAGGAAACAAGGCAGGAUGUCCUCUGUUCCUAUGGUAACUCGGUAGCUAGCUCAUGCUGGCUAAUGUUACCCACAUCUCAUGCUCUUCAAGGACUUGUCGGCCGUCAUUGUAAAUAAGAAUUUGUUUUUAAUGGACUUGCCUAGUUAAAAAAUUUAAUAAAAAUAAAA